AUGCUGGUGACCUAUUUGGAAGCCAGCCGGGACCUUUGCGAGACGGAAUCAAUUCUUUUUGGCGCCGUGCUGGCAGUCUGCCGUAUCAUAGGCGUCAAGGUUUCCACGGCUGGACGCGCUACUGACCAUAGUAGCGCUAUCCCAGCAUGGAGAAGAAGAAUUGAGGAACGUAUCGCAAAGGCUAGAGCUCUCAUCGGCAGACUGAUAUGCUUCAGAUCAGGCAAUAACAGGCCAAGAAUUGUGCGCACCGUCAGGAUGGCGUUUGCUGGGACAAAUGUCAGUUUGUCCCAGCCGGAUAUAACGCAAAAACUGACGGAGCGCAUAGAUGAUCUGAAGCAGAGAAUCAGAGAAUGA